UCUUGCCUUUUUGGGGCUUCCCGUCUGCGCGGCAAUACCCAUUUGGCAGCAAAUUCCACGCUACUGAACUACACCGAUUUUGCUCCAUUGCUGGCAAAAGUCGGGCACAGAGAACCUCCGCACCCACCACCCACCACCCGACGACGAACGAACGUACACGACGACGCAAAAACCGCCCCCAAAAGGAACGCCACCUACAAAUCACCAUGGCCGACGAUCCCCAGCCGGGCAGUCCCAAGUCGGACCCGAUCGACGCAAAGGAGGACGCCGAGACCGCCGCUGCCCGCAAAGAAUUGAAGCAUACGGCCAUCUCAGAGAAAGCAGAAGGAGCCACCGCCGACACGACGCCUUCGGGAUCGCAGAACGAGGACCACAAGGACCACGUCUCGUCGCCCAAGAAGAAGCGGGCGCAUGACCAACUGGACGAGGACAAGGAUGCCGACGAGGCUGACGUCAAGAGCGUCGCCUCGAGCGACUCGGCCAAGGACAGGGCCUCGCGGCUGGAGCCGGAGAAGAAGAGACAUAGGGAUGAAGUUGCCGGCUCUGGUGACGCUGCGGCCGAUUCUCCUGCGCCACCGGCUACCGAUACAAAGACGAAAGAGAGUGUCGUAACAGAAGCAGCUACAUCACAGGAUUCUACAAAGGACGAGAAGAAGGGAACAUCGAGUUCUGCAUUUGCCAACUCUGGCUUCGCUAAAUUGGCGGCAUCGAGUGCGUCCCCUUUUGGUUCGCUGGGAAGUGCGACCAAGGGAAGUGUCUUUGGCAGCGGAGCCAAGGCUGGCGCGUCACCUUUUGGCGGUCUAUCUCCAUCGAAGCCUGAUGCCGCCGCCCCGGCUCCUACCCCCACCCUCAGCUUUGGUGGUGCCGGCUCGGCCUCGUCGCCUUUCGCCAGCAUUAAGCCCGCCGGCGCAAAUGGCGGUUUCGGCUCAGUGUUUGGCAGCGCCUUUGGCGGUGGUCUAGGCGGCAAACCGCUUUCGAGCUUCGCCAAGACGGGCGAGUCUUCUUUCCAGACUGAGAAGGCCGCCAAGCCGUUCGGAGCUCCCGACAGCGACGCGGAAGACGACAACGAUGACGAGACUGAAGGCGAUGCCGAUGGAGCCUCAGAGUCUGGCGACAAGGACGAAAAGGAAGAGUCUGACAAGGAAGAGACCAAGGCUGGGGACGAUAAGAAACGUACCAAGCUGCAGAAGAUUACUGUCGACGACGGUGAGGCUGGAGAGGCUACUAUAGUCCAGGUUAGAGCCAAGAUAUUCUACCUGGAAAAGGAGGUUGGCUGGAAGGAGCGCGGAUCUGGUAUGCUCAAGAUCAAUGUUCCCGAGGCAUGCGUCCAGUUCGACGAAGGCGGUCUGCCGAUACCUGGCUCCUUUGAUGCAUCGGCCCUGGAAGACUUGGAAGAUCCCGAGGCUGGCGAGAGCAGAGGCAGCAAGGUGCCUCGUCUCAUUAUGAGGCAGGAUCAGACCCACAGGAUACUACUGAACACAGUCAUCCUGCCGGCGAUGCAGUUCCAGGAAAAGGCGACGUUGAAGAGCGUUGGUGUCAUGUUCACGGCCUUUGAAGGCGCGGAGGCUAAACCAGUCAGCGUUCAUGUGAGACUGAGCGCCGCUAGUGCAAAGUCAUUCCUGAACGAGGUUGGAAUGGUGCAGAGAGAGCUCUUGAGCAACUGAGUGUACCCAUACCGACGUUUCUCACGUGGGUUUGAGAUAGCCGGUGGCGUUAAUGGUCGCCUAAAUAUGCCUGUUCAACAAAGAAGGGCGAGUACGCAUCACUAUAAAGGGAGAGCCGGCGUGAGCAUCUCCGGAGAUCGUCUGGAGGCCUUUGGCUACCUUAGAGAGAGUGGGCAAGAAGAAGGACAGGCACACAAUUGGUGGGACGGCAGACACUUGUUUAGGAGUACAGUUUGAACUAGGCUGAUAUCUCAGGCCCUUAUCCUGUCAUGAUACCAGGAAAACAGGUAUCCUUCGAUACAUUUAGAUAUCACUCGGUACAUUGUAACAUGGACACAAUUCGACUGAAGAUCCAAUGUUCGUUCAAGGUGUAGGGAAUCGUCUAUUUGGAGGAGACUUUGUACGGCUGUAAUUCGAAUCUUGGGAAGGUGAUUUUGGAGGUGGCGCACGUGACUUGGUGUGGAUUACGUGACGCAG